CUCCAUUUCUCACUCCAUUGUCCCUGUCAACACAAGUUUGUGUUUUUUCGUGUGUUGUUGAAUCUGGCGCACAAAGGAGUGCCCCGAAGAUGGCCCUCCAGCCCCCUUUCUGGUUAGCAUUGGUUUCCCAAAUUCAGCCUAUCAGGCACCGCUUCUGCCUCGCUGACGUCCGCUGCCUCGCCUCGAUCGUGGUGCCUGCUCCUGCUUGUCAUGUGCACACCCGCCUCGUCACUUCUGGCACCGUCUUUGGGUUCGAUAUUAUAAAUGAUCAUGAAAAGGUGUUCCCAGCCAGCCUCCACGGGUAUGCACGUUUUUCUUGUCCUGACCGCGUCUUCCGAGUCGGCUCGUGGCAUCAUACUGUCAGGGUCCGGGGCGUCCUGGACGCCCCAGUACACUGUGUACUCCUUCUCCUCGCGCGGCUCUGUCUAUUCUCGCUCGCCUUGUUUACCAGUCCCUACUUUUCGGGUCAACUCGCCUUGCCGAACGUCCGAAGCACGCAAUCGAGAGCUGCGCAGCGCAGCAGGCUCCAACGCGCCUUCAAAGAGGCUCCCAGGCGCCCUCUCAGGCCUGUUCUUCGGAAAAAUUCGGAAGACAAGCGGGCGUCGCAGAGCGACGCCUGCACUGCCUGGUCAGCUUCCUUUCUUGUACUCCGUGCCCUCUUCUCUUCGUUGCAGAGUACAUCUUGAUAUCCGCUGUCCGCUCGGGUGCCAAUUUUCUCACCAUCCUGACCCGGACGCCUGGUUGACCGAGCCCUUGCCGAAGAGACGCGUACCCACUCUCACUCUGGUCAGUUUCACAGUUAGGCCGCAGCCCAUAGAUUCAGCCCAUAGAUUCAGCCCUGGAUUCAGCCUGUUUCUUUUCUUAUUCUGAGGACUUGCUGUCUUCUCAGCUUGUGGCCGGCAGAGGUUUGCGUACGCGACCGAAGCGACUCUGCUCAGUCUCGGAAAUGGCAGACACGCAGA